UGGAGCCACGAUGGAUUGAAAGGCAACUUGCUGGGAAAUAUGCGGUCGAGCUUCCUUAGUGGUCGUGGGAUUUUGGCUCCUCUGCGUUGACCGUCCCGCAUAAUCCACGCUUGACAACUUGACGCACUUUUCCCUUCUACUUAAAAGCUGUGUUACAUGGAGUCUUACUGGAAAUUGCACACUGAGAUUACAGUGGCGAGGUCUGGGGCAGUAAUAUUGGAUCAUCAUUACAAUGGUACCACAUGAUGAGCAGCCAAUCAGUACAGAGCCUCAUUCGUCCAGUGCCUCAAAGCAAGAUGCCAUUAUUUGAGGGGACCAUAGCAUCUACAGGAUUGUCAAAACCAGGAAAUAUGUCUGGUUUCCUCAGUAAGCAAACUCUGCAGUACAGUGGGACCUACUUUACCUAUGAGCACAGAGAAAAGGAUGCAGCAGGAUUUACUCCUUGGACCAGUUCAAAUACCACUUUGCUGAAUAGCAGAAGUCCUGCAAGUCACCAUGCAGGCAUGGAAGGACAAAACCACGUAAUUUACAGACUAGACAACAAGGCAUUCUCUCCAGAGGAAGGCCAUUCUCCUUCUUCUGUGCUUCAAACUCCAGGCAAACAAGGCUUUACAUAUUACACCAGGAGUCCUGGAAUUAGCAGUCCCACAGCUGCUGCAUCAGUGGCUGUUCGAAAACAAACCAGUGGAGCUUUGAAUUCAUCUCCUCCAUCAGACAACUCGGUUUAUUUAGCGGUUCCUAAACCAAUUUAUGCCCAUAACCCCUGCUGUAAUGAACUGGGUUGUAUGUUAGGACAGCGAUACAGUGUGGAGCAUGGGUCUCACAGAAUGCCAAAUACUGUCUAUGAGAAUGAGUGGAUGCAUACUAGUGCUCGCUACACUCAGAGAUCACCUAUCCAGAGAAAGACACAAGAGACACUGAUGCAACAAAGAGGUCUGCAGUUUCAACCCAAUGCAGAACUACCACUCAAGAACAUAACUGUAGAGAAAUAUCACAGCUUGAGCCCAAGUAGAGCAAGGACUUUGCCUGCCUACAUUGAGCCAAACUAUAGCAGUUACCCCUGUGCCUCAACUCACACAGUGUUUGGCCCUUUAAGUGAGCCGAGCCAGCGUUUGCUGACUUCCCCCAAAGGCUGUCAUAGCCUGUACCCUCCCCAUCCUCCUCCAUAUGAGCAUAUGACUUCAGAAGUUUAUCAGGACCAUUCUCCCAUGUCCAAAUAUGGCCAGCUAACACAGCACCCUAUGUUUUACUACCCCCAGGCAAAUGUUGAGGUAGAAAGCAGAGCAGUGUGUAAAGAUACAGGGGGAAAGCAUAAAGAAGAUGUUGUUCCUGCUCUUCCUAAACACACAAUCUCUAACCCACGGGAACGUUACCUUGUCUCCCAGUCUGUUCAUGGUGAAAUCCCUAUGCCCAGCACUGAAACCAUGCCAAGUCAUGCCUUUAUGCGGGGUUUUGACUACGCAUGUUAUGCAGUUCCUAGAAUUCAUUUGAAUGCAAGCCAAAUGAGACCCUCCCUAAAAAGGCAACAUGCACCACUUAGCUUGCACUCUAACCACAUAACUACUUCCCCAUCCAGCCUACAUAUUGAUGGAACCUUAGCCUCCUCAGCCAAAUUACAUAAACACCAACCCAAAGCCACCCUGCAUGUUGACCGAUCAUGCACCUCCCCAGCAUGCCUACAUGUGGACCAACCCAACUCCAGCAGACAUAUGGAGCAGCCCAUCGUCUCACCAGUCAGCACACAAAUGACAAGAGUUUUUUCCCCACUCACCAGCCUGCAUGCAAACCGACCCAGUCCGUCUCCAGCCAGAUUCAAAACGGACCGACCCCUGGACUACUCUCGUUAUAAAGCUCAAAACACAUGCCCAAAACAGCCCCAAGGUCUUGCUCAUUCCCCAGGGGAUAGGCUCUCCCAGUCAGCGGCUCACAAUGGUGAUCAUAACCACAAAGCUGGCACUAGUACAAAUCCUCUGCAAGUGAUUGUCACUCCUGCUGCUGCAACUAGCAAAGAGCACCAUGCCCCCGCAUCCAGUUUAGGUACAACUGUUGAUAAAGGGAAACUGAAGAGAAGUAUUUCACACACACCUGUUGGUGACACAUCUCCAUCCAUUCAAAUUAAAGAAGAGACCAGAGACUCAUGUGAAAUGGAUCAAUAUCAGAAACGACAAAAGGUGGAAGUUGACAAUGUAAAGGUAGAAGAUAAACCUGACUCACCUAUGCCAGUCAUUGACAAUGUCUUCAGCUUGGCCCCUUACAAAGAAUACCUUGAGGCCUCUGGAGUGUUAUUUCCAAGAAAAGCACCCAAGAAAAGUGACCAGUCCCCUGAGCCCAGUGCAAUUAAAGAGACAGACAGAGGACAGGGGCCUGUUGUCUGUCUAGUAUCCAAAGACAUCUGUCCAAAUACUCCAGCAGAACAGCCUGUUGUAGAAAUCCUUGAACACAAAGAUAUAAAGGUAGAAAAGGUAGAACCAGACACUUUGGUGGGAACUCCUGUUAGUCACUGUAAAAUGAGUGAGGAUGACUGCAGGGAGAUAACUAUCAAGAAAGAGGUUGAGGACACUGGUUCGUAUGAUAAAGAACCCAUGUUGGUGAUUAAGAAAUGUGAACCCGAUGAAUUUGUAAGUGAACCUUUAUUAGUGAUUAAAGAUGAGACCACAGAUGAUUGCAGACAGUGUGAACUUAUGGUAGAAAUGAGUGCAGGAUCUUCUCAGGGUGAUACCCAUGAACCACAUGAACAGAUGGUCAUCAUUCAUCCUGAAUUAAAUUCACCACAUCAGCCACUUGGGAGCAAACUGAACUUCCAAAACAUCCCUGCCCAUUGCUUAAAACUGUCCACCUACAAGAUUGUCAUUCCAGAUACACUGUGUUCUACCCCUGUUCUAACCCCAGAGAAGCUGUCUCCUGUUCAGCCAGUGGCCGAAGUCAAACCCAAAUCUGAGGUCCAAAAAUCAGCCCGGCAGCGCUUCUUGGAGCUACAUAAUUCUCUGUGCAAGCUGGUGUCCAACACAGUGUUAGUCUCUACAGAGCAAGACCUGAGAGCCUGGCUGUCUCAGUUGCAACUGAAUGAGCCUGCAUCCCCUUCAGCCAAAAUUCAGAAAAUAUCCAGUUUGUUGGGGGUAAAAGACAGGCAGGUGUGGCUUACUGAGGAGACAAAGUCAGCUCUCCAGAAGGUUCUUGAGAGGCUGAGAGAGUAUGUUUCUCAGGAACACUGUCCGUUUCCACAUGUUAUGCGAACGGGGGCAGUGUUCAUCCCCAUGCUGGUGGUGAAGGAGCUGCUGUUCCCCCAGGUCCAGGGAGGCUUCAUUGACCAGGUCCUGCAGGAGCACAGAGUAGAACUUCGGCCCACUACGCUCUCGGAAGAGAAGAUCCUCACCCAGCUCCACAAACGGGCCUGCUCCUCCAAGCUCAGGAGACUCCUGUCCCUCAAACACCUGCCUGACAUCUAUGCUGAUGUGGUCAGCCUUUUCUAUCAUGCUUGUGUCUGCAAACGUCUGGAAUCGACCUCACCUGAUGUCCAAAAGAAAGUCCAGAGCUAGAGAUAGAUGAGUCUCCUAAGAGAGAGUCAGAUGAAGCUUACGAAGAGACUGACGGCGCCACGAUCCCUGUAUUUUCA